UAGAUAGUUACUUAAGGAAAAAUACGUCUGAGAGUUAACCUUAAAAAAAAAAAAAAACAGAUACCAAAUUAGAGAUCUGCCUGCCCAUUGACUUUUUCCCAAUUGCUAGAUAAGUCAUUGUAUGGUUUAAGUUAAACAAGAUCCCUAACUUUUAGGAACCUCCUUUGAUUGACCAAAUGGAUGUGUUUCUUACAUUUACAACAUACACUCUUUUCCAGAGCAACUUACAUGUCUUAUAUACAACGGAGGCUGAUGGUCUUGCUUAAGGGCAGAACAGUGGCAGCUUUGUUGACCUGGGAUUCAUACUCAUGACCUUCUGAUCAGUAAUCCAACACCUUUACCACUGAGCGACCACUUCCCCCAACAUCAUGCAAGCAGUUGUUAAUGUUAUACAAUUAUUCUUGUAGUUUGUUUUCUGGAGACUGGUGACUCACUUGGCAGGAAUAUUAUACAAGCAACUGUACUCAGUACAAUUUGAAAUGAAACUAAGGGGAAAGGUAUGUCGUUAAUAAAGAGAAAUGAAUCUCCGGUUCCUGAAAAUCACUGGAAGUUUUAAGGGAUAAAAAACACAUAAAUUUGUUGUGCAGGAUCUUAUUAGGACCGGAAGAAAUACUAACGACAACUGAUAAGCUUGGUUGCUUGCCUGCUUUAAACAACUAGGAAGGGAACCUUUUAUGAGGCACAAAUGUGUGCAUCUGUUUUGUGACUGAAAAAAGAACUUGGUAGACUUGGUAGGAAGCACAUACCAGAGGUCAAAGCCUGGAUAUGGGUCCCAGAGACACUGGAAAAGGUCUAGAGAAGAAAAUAGCUCGUAGUGCAUCUGUCUGAAAACCUCCCUUAACAGUCCAAAGCUUGAGGGGUUUCACUCAAGAGAGGUCACAUGGUCCAAAAGGACUCUAUAAAAGCUCACUCCUUUCAGUCUUCUUAUCUCCAGCUGGUGGUGAGCUGAGGCUGUUCCUCAACCUUCUGUUCUCUCAAAGACAGGGCACGGCACAAUGUCUGACACUGAGGAGAUUGUGGAGGAGUAUGAAGAUGAGGAAGCAGAGGAAGAAGUUGAGGAAGAGGAGGAAGCAGAGGAGACGCCUGAAGUAGAGGAUAAUGAAAACGAGGCAGAGGAAGAAAAUGAGGUACAGGAAGAAGAAGAAGAAGAAGAAGAAGAAGACUCCAAACCCAAACCGAAGCUGUAUGUUCCUGCCAUUAUCCCUCCGAAGCUCCCUGAUGGUGAGAAAGUGGACUUUGAUGACCUUCAUCGUAAACGUGUCGAGAAGGACUUCAAUGAGCUUCAGAGUCUCAUCGAGGCACACUUCACCAACAGGCAGAAAGAGGAAGAUGAGCUGGUAGCCCUGAAGACUCGCAUUGAGCGGAGACGCGCAGAUCGUUCAGAGCAGCAGCGCAUUCGAACCGAGCAGGAUCGCGAAAGACAGGCUCGUUUGGCUGAGGAAAGGGCACGGCGUGAGGAAGAGGCAGCUAAACUGCGGGCUGAGGAGGAUGCCAAGAAAAAGAAACUCCUUGCCAAUAAGGGCUAUGGAGGCUACCUGCAGAAGCUAGAACCGAAGAGGGGCAAGAAGCUGACAGAACGUGAGAAGAAGACAAAGAUACUCAUGGAGCGCCGCAAACCUCUCAACAUCGACCACCUUAACCAGGAGAAACUGGCUGAGAAGGCCAGAGAUCUCUAUCAGUGGCUGCAGCAGCUCCAUGCUGAGAAGUUUGACCUGAGUGAGAAGCUGAAGAGGCAGAAGUAUGACAUCAUUGUGCUGCGCAACCGCGUCACUGACCAUCAGAGGUACAGCAAGACAACCAAGACCACCAGGAAGUCCUGGAAGUAGAUCAUUUGAAUUAGGCAAUGUGAUAAUGUGGUGAACUUUUUUGAUUUGACUUUUAUAUUUACAGUAAAUUUCUUUUGCUUAGAAAGAUCAUCCAACACCGUGAUUAUUGCUAGUACAAACACAUGAUUGAUAGGAACCACUGUGUUAAUGAUUACAGUUCUAAUACUAAUAGUCUUCCUGCUUUAUUCUGUAUUACUAUAGUUUGCAUUUUCUGUGAAGUAUGAAGGGAAAAGAAGGAAGAUUAUUCACUAUUUUAAGUGUCUCUAAAAAAUAUAAGCAAAAAAAAAAAAAAAAGACAGCGCAAUAAUACAUAAGACAGAUUUCAACAGGAAAAUAAAAAAAGGAUGCAGGCUUUGUCCACACAUUUAUCAAGAAGAUUGGGCAAAGAUUUGAUGAGCUGUCAUGACAAGUUGACCAGAUAUUUCUAGAAGGAUGUGUGGGUGGGUGGGGAAAAAAGGUCUAAAGGGAAUUAAUGAGGUUAGAGAGAGUUAUAUAAAGUGUUAUAAAGUGAGAUGAGUUGUUAUAGAUUAUUAAAUUGUUAAAACAAAUAUAAUGAAUAUAAUGAAUAUUAUAAUAGCGUGUUUUGUUUUCUAUACUUACUUGUAAUAAGGAAGAAACAUCUGUGAAACCAACACACCACAUGUCUUGUUGCUAUAAAUGACAUCUUUCUCUUUAUGUCUGUUUCAUUUUGUCCUAAUGGAAUACAAAAUUUUGCACUCAACAGAAUGAAAUAGCUUUUGAAAAAAUCAUCAAUUUUGUUUCCUAUGCGUCGUUCUUAUUUUGUCACAUUAAACUUGCUAACUAUUGUAAGGUGCUAUUUUUAAGUGUUAUCCACUGAAGGUUUGCUUUAUCUGCGUGAUGGAAUGGAAGGCAUGCCUGUAUGGACACAGCGCUAUCUCAAACUCGACAGCACACCUCAAACUGAAUGUUAAAACAGACAAUCAAGGACCAUGUUUAAGAUUGUUUUUAGCAACAACUAAACAUUAAUAAAGCAUUUUAUUCA